AUGAUUUCUAUUGAAGCCUUUGAGGAAUCUUCGCCAUGCAAUUUUGAAGAGGAGGUAGCCUUAGGUUACUUUGCCGAUCUUCGGCGCGACUGCUCACCAAGUCAGUACAUUGAUAUCUGUCAUAGGCUGUGCAGCACUGAAGGCGUCCUGUAUAACGGUCUACGCUCCAUUAUUUGGAGGGAUAUGGUACUAGGGCUAGACGCUUCUCCUACAGUUCCUCAUUUGGUCGAUAGCAUCAUUUCAAGUUCACGCCUACAAAGUAGAGAUGACAACAGUAACGCUAGUCAUACUUCUCGCGCUCGUGGCUCUUCCUGCCAAAGUGAUGUGGCGACCGAACGCGCUGCGGCAUCAGUGUGGGACAGGAAGGGCAGGCCAGUGAGACCACAAAGGCGGUGCGCGUCGACGCCAGCAGUGUUCGUAGCCCUACGAGGUGGUAGGCCCAUCUCCUCACGGCGGCGCUCAACCUCACAGCUCUUAAACCCUUCUAGAACAGUCAAGGACGACCCUUCAUCUUUCUAUUCAGUGAAUGACGAGACUGUUACUUCACCUUUUUUCUCCUUGCCAUCAAACUGCCAAAUUCGUGUUGUUGAGGCAGACAUCAAGCGCUCGCUAUGGCUAUUUUAUCCAGAAGAGGAGCGACGUAACCGAAUGCGAAAUAUUCUGAAGAGAAUCAUACUGCGAGUCCUUGCCAACAAUCCGGAUAGGCAUUAUUAUCAGGGUUUGCAUGAACUAAUAGGCUUCAUCAUGUAUGUCCUCUCACCACAUCUUCGAGCUGAGGAACUAGUAUCGAUUUGCGAGGGCAUGCUACUAACCCGAUGGCGUGCCUUUAGCGAAAAAAAGUUGAUGCAUUCCGAAGCGCUGCUUUACGCAAUGCACGCUGUUAUUGCAGAAGAGGAUACAUCGCUUGCCAUGGCUCUGGAGAAGUGUGGAGUAGGACCAGAAUCCCACUACGCUGUCUCGUGGGUUAUCACAUGGUAUGUGCACUGCGUGAAGAAUAUAGAGGUUCUUGCCCGUCUGUUUGAUUAUUUUAUUACGGAUGAGGAUGGGAUGGCGGUGAUUUUUUUCACUGCUGCGUUUGUUCUAAGCCAACGUAAGUUCAUACUCAACUGGAUCGAUGAGGCACGUUCUGAACUAUUAUCCAGCGGAUUUGAUGAGGCAGAUGACAUCACAGUAAUGGCAAAAAUUUAUUCACAAAUGGCUAAAAUGCCCUCUGCAGCUCUUGAUUCAAUGAAUCCUGAUGAGCUCAACAAGCUAAUCCAAGAAGCGGCGCGAAUGAGGGCAAAUUACCUGAGCAUAGUACAUCGCGAGCAGGCUAACUUCAUCAACGGUAGGGUCUGCAAGUUGGGCUUUUUAGCCAACCAGCGUACCCGGAAUGCGGCCCUAAGGCUGUUGUGGUUUCUACUUCCACGUGAGUGGCGCCACCCCGUGGUGAACCGAAACCUCAUGCAGAUGGUGCUUCUGGCCGGAGCCGUGGCGUUUAUGACGGUGGCUAUAGUUUGUAAAUACAAAGCCCAUUGA